UUUUUUGACGAAUGGCGAAGAUUUCUGUGAACCACAUGCGAUGGAAGCCAUGGAGGACAUUAACAACCAACGACUUCAUUUCACUGUAAUCUCAAAUCUUCCACUUCCAAAGGUGCAAAAUCCGCCGGAUUAGACCAGCAAAACGGCUAUCAGAUUCAUAUGGCUGCUCCACUGGUGGAAGGCGCAGCCGCCGCAGCUCUCCGGUCGGUGAUGCUCCGAGUCCGGCAGGUGGCUGAGCGGUCUGGCCGGCGAUCCGAUCAGGUCCGCGUCGUGGCAGUCUCCAAAACGAAGCCUGUGUCGCUCAUCCGCCAAGUCUACGAGGCUUCCCAUCGAUGCUUCGGAGAGAACUACGUCCAGGAGAUUAUUGAUAAAGCUCCUCAGCUUCCUCGAGACAUUGAAUGGCACUUUAUUGGGCAUCUCCAGAGCAACAAAGUUAAAUCGCUUCUGGCUGGAGUUCCAAACCUGGCCAUGGUUGAGGGUGUAGAUAAUGAGAAGCUUGCAAAUCAUCUCGAUCGUGCAGUUUCAUACAUCGUAAGGGAUCCUUUAAAGCUUCUAAUCCAAGUAAACACCAGUGGAGAAAUAUCAAAAUCUGGUGUUGAUCCUUCUAGAUGCGUCGAACUUGCUAAGCAUGUGAAGUUAUGCUGCCCACAUCUUGAGCUUUCUGGGUUAAUGACAAUUGGGAUGCCAGAUUAUUCUUCCACUCCAGAGAACUUUAAGACAUUAUUGAAAUGUAGAGCUGAGGUCUGCCGGGCACUUGAAAUGGCAGAAGAGCACUGUGAACUGUCGAUGGGAAUGUCUGGUGAUUUCGAGUUGGCGAUCGAAAUGGGCAGCACCAAUGUGAGAAUUGGAUCCACCAUAUUCGGUCCAAGGGAAUAUGCAAAGAAACAAGCAGAGUAGCAUCAAGAUUAGUUUUCCUUUAUUCAUUGUUAAACACAACAAUUUAUUCAUUGUUAUAUCCAUAUUAAUUGUUAAACACAACAUUGGAUAAAAAAAGAUUUUAUAGUACACUAAAAAUGAAGUCUAUUUAGUAUCGUUCCUAUUUCUUAUUUUUAAUAAAGAAAAAUAGAAUUGCACGGCCUCA